AUGCCCCUCCAGGACUCAUCAUGUGCUCUGGUGGAGAGGAAAGACCUGAGACAACAGUCACACCUGGAAGGGCAUUUGCAUGGCUGUUUAAAAGUUUUGGUCCUACUGCCACUAGAGGCAGCCACAGGCCUGCUGAGGAGACUGUCUCAGGCCAUGGUGGACACCUUCCACAUCAGCUCUGGAGAGGAGUCCCAGGAGCUGUUCAAGGUCAUCACUGAACCACUCAGCAAACUCAUCAUCCAGUUGGAUAAGUUUGUCAUCACAGGCAUCGCCACGGGAGACGAGGGCAUGAGUCUGGUGAGGGUGCGGUCUAAGAACCACAUCCUUACGGUUAGCCAAUGGCCUCUUUUAGGAAUACCUGCGUUAGUGGAAUCGCCGUUGUCAGAACUGGCAGUAGGCCUCUUUCUGCUGGCCUGCUCUCUGCUGCUCCUGUGUACCUGUCUGGUGCUGUUGGUCAAGCUACUCAACUCUCUGGUCCAAGGCCAGGUGCCAAUUAUAAAAAUGGUGCUCAGCACAGACUCCCCCUACCCGUUUGGCUGGCGGGCAGGUUACCCGGCCAUCCUGGUGGGGGCUGGCAUGACCUUCAUGGUCCAGAGGAGUUCAGUGUUCUCCUCUGCCAUCACUCCUCUCAUAGGUAGUGGUGUUAUCAGCAUUGAGCGUGCAUACUCUUUGACACUGGGGUCAAACAUUGGGACAACCCCCACAGCUAUCCUGGCAGCAUUGGCAAGCUGGCUGCAUUGGCAUGCUGGCUGCAGUUUUCCAGAGGUUGCCUUGUGUCAUUUAUUUUUCAACAUAUUGGGUAUUUUGCUGUGGUACCCUGCGCCCAUCACCCGCCUGCCCACCCAUAUGGCCAGGACUUUAGGGCAGUGCAUGACCAUGUACCGCUGGUUCGCUGUGCUCUACCUGCUCCUGCCCUCACUCAUCUUUGCCCUCUCUGUUUCACCCUGGCAGGUGAUGGCAGGGGUGGGAGUGCCCUUCAAGGUGACCCUCCACUUGGUGUCUGUGGCGAACAUGCUGCAGAUACACAGGGCAGGCUGUCUGCCAGUGAGUCUGUGGAGCUGGGACUUCCUGCCUGUCUGGAUGCAUUCCCUUCAACCUCUGGAUACACUCAUCACCAAGGUGAAGGUGACCCUCCUUCGAGCCGCUCCAGGCAGGGGGGAAGCCAGCACCCUAGCUUUCCCCCUGUCUGAACUCACCUCUCUGAAGGUUCCUUUCACAUGGUACCCAGCUGCUGACCGGGCAUUCCGGGACCUCAAACAAGUUCAUCCUGACACGUCCCGCCAGUUUGUGCUGGGGGCCGAUGCAUUGGAUGUUGGAGUGGUGGCGGUUCUGUCCCAGCUUUCGGCCCUGGACCUGAAGUUACAUCCCUGUGCCUUCUUCUCCAAUCGUCACGGAGAGGAAUUACGAUGUGGGGAAUUGUGA